AUGGAAAGAGCAACCUUGAGAGCAGACUGGAAGAGAAGUGAGGUGAGAAGGCAAUAGAACAAGGGAGAAGACAGCAGAAUAGAGAAGAGCAAAAGAAUAAGACAAGAUAAGGAGAAGACAAAUCAGUGAGCAGUGAAGGAGGCAGAGAAGUAAACGAUCGCCAUUCAACCCAUCUGGAACGCUGGAUCACAUUUCAACAGCAUACUACUCCUCCAUACUCCCUUCAUCCCCUCCUCUACAGACCUGUCUUCCCCUUCUCCUUGCAGGAAGAGACUCCUACAUGUGCUUCCCCUCACUCAACCCAAUCUGCUACCAAUUACCCUGCUGGCUCCACUGACCACUGCCUAUGCCAGCUAAUCCCGAAGCCUGCUCUACUGAGUACAGCUAGCUAGCUACAACUUGUUAUUAAAUGAUCCAAGCUUGCUCUACUGAAUAGGCUACGUCUGCAAUUCUAGCAUUCCUUAGUGGAUCCAAGCUUUCUUUAGGAGCGGCAGGUAGCCUAGUGAUUAAGAGCGUUGAGCUAGUAACCAAAAGGUCGCUGGUUCAAAUCCCUGAGCCGACUAGGUGAAAAAUGUGCCCUUGAGCAAGGCACUUAACCCUAAUCGCUCUGGAUAAUCGCGUAUGCAAAAUGACAAAAAUGUAAAUCAAGUGGCAUACAUUAGCUGAUCCAAACCGGCAGUGCUUUCUGAAUAAAGCUACAACUUUGGUCUGUCUCUGCAUUAGUUCAUCCAAGCCUGAUGAAUACCAUAAACUCCAAUCUUCAUAGCUGAUCCAAGCCUGCUCUUGUGUUCACUUCAUCAGACCCUCUUCAGAGUGGUCUUCUCUAGAUGCACAACAUCAAUCAGAAAGUCUUGCACAACAUAGAUCGAGCCAUACUAUAAGUGAAAGUACAACGUGCAUAUGGCUGCAAUAAAUCAUCCAGUGACAGAUUAAGUCAGGCCAUUAACUAUUAGGCUUGCCAAAUAAAAGCAGCUUUGGAAGUUAUGAAAGUGCCCCUGCUGUGAGUCUCCUGUGUGGAGCUGAAGCAUUGGCUACAGGUUUCACAGGGUGAGGAAUACACUAUGUAGCAACAGAAAAUAUGCAAAACAUACAAACACACGCUUGCGCAAUAGUACACCAACCACAUCACAUCUGAUGAAGCUAGAUGUGGUUUCACCUUGUCCUCAACCACAAUGAUAGGGGGUGAGAACACGCCUUAUAUUUCAGAUAAUGCUUGUAUCUGUUAUUGGAACACCCAAACCUGCCGGCUCCACAAAGGAAAUGUGCAAUUCAAUACUUUAACCCAAGAUCAAACAGCUGAUGGAAAAACACGUUUUAUUCACAAGGAACUGUCCCAUUAAAUAAGUUUAGCGUUACUUUAUGACUUGAACACUACUGACAUAAACCCCUUCUUGUCGGUUCCUCUCACUGCAACUGACAUGGCUAGUCUUGAAUAGGCCUCAGUGUAUAUGGACCCAAUUGGACCCAUUGUAAUGCACUCAUAUUCACUUAUUCUCUGGAUCAGAUUUGUCCUCCUAGCCAUAGUCUCUCCUAGAUGAGCUCGCUGCCAAAUUCUCCUUCUCUUCCUGUUUUCACCCACAUUUCUGGGGUUCCGUCUGAGAAUUCCCUGCAGAGCUCCCGAUCCCAACCCCGCUCCGCACGCCUGUGCAAGAACAGAUUUUUAUAAUUCCCUCGCUGCUCCUAGAGGAUUGGUGCGAGGCGAGAGCUUGGGAAAAUGGUCUUCCAGAGACAAAACUCCACAGCGCAGCGGAGCAGACACUUUUGACCCCCACACACCCAAACUGUGAGCCUAAGCCAAGAGAGAACUCAAGAGAAAACCCAACUGAAACAAAAAGUUAUGCAGCAGUCAGUGUGAUCUUGUUGGAGACAGAUAGACACUGCAAGGGACAAAAUAAAGUGUUUCUGCAUGACCAAAGAUGCCAGGAUCACUCUCUAGAGCCAUACUCAUAUAGUUGUUACACCUCGGUGAAUCUCCAGGCAUUCUUUGAAUUCUCAUCAGAAAGUGACUCUGUAAUUGUCAGCAGCAUUCUUUUCUCCAUUUCUCUUUUAUAAGGUUUAGUUUUAAAAUAGCAACUUUACAUUUUAAUUGGACUGGGAGGAUUCAAUCUUUUUAACUCUAAGAUACGAAUGUUUGAGAAUGGUGCUAUUAAAAUGCCCCCCUAAUUGCCAAACAAGAUGGUACAUUCCAUUAAUUGCAGUAUUUGGAACAUCUGAGGAGAGCCUACAGUAGGCUACAAGUUUUGGGGGUUAUUGGGUUGUCUUUGGGGGUUUCUGUUGUCAGACCCCGUAGCCAUUUUAUACACCUUCACUGUAAUCCCAGAGCAGAGCAUGGCCACAGCAGCCAAAGUCAAUGAGCUGUGUCCUCGGUGUAGCCACACGAGAGCGACCCUCUGGAUAGAGUUGCCAGCUUCGCUUCCAAACACACACAUUCCUUCCAAGCGAGAACGUGCCCAAUACGCUAACUCUCCCUCUACGAUGAUUGUGGCGGAAGGAACUGAAGCCCAGUGUGUGGAGUUGCUCAGGGAGAGCCAACAACAUUGGGGUUUGGAUGGGUCACAUCAUGGCUGGUUAGCUCUUCUAACCCACACCUAACAGGGCGCCGUACAGGCUUAGAUGACUAUGCCUCAUUUCCCCUGGUACGCUACGCUACACUUCAGCUCCCUAUACUGUACUGUAGUUGCUCUAUGUAAACAAAACAGAAGGGAAGGGAUAUUGCUGUCCUGUCUUGUUAAAUGAUCUAAUUGAAAUCACAGCACCAACCGUUUCCCCACAGCCAGUGUUCCACUAGCUGAAUGUUUUAAUAAAGGAAUGAGGCACUGAGGAACGUAACAGUCUACACUGGCCUGACAGUAGUUUAAUAUGAGAAACAGCUUACAAGCACAGGUUUUGGUUGGUGUGUGUGUGUAUGUGUGGGUGUGUAUUGGGAGUGUGGGCUACGGCAGAAACGGUGGGGGGUGGCUUUGAUAAUGACUCAGACAAUACACCAGAGCCCCCAGAAAUCCUGGACAUCAGGAAUUCCUUCACUAGCACCGCAGGACACAUUCUGGCUGCUUCACCUUGGUAACCACAGCAGCUUGUCCAUGGUAGCAGUCUGAAGACCCUAGUAGGGUCCUUGGUCACAGGGGGUGCCCUGCAGAGUGCCUGUAUAAGGCUGGUUCCUGUAAUAGGGCAGAGAAAUGGCUGUGUCCUCCUCAAAGACCUGCUGUCACUGUUCUAAAUUCAGGACAAUGGACCUCUGGGGAGAGGGGACAGAUGUCACACACACUAUAAAUGCAUCUCAUAACCCUACAGCGUGCGAGUAGACAGCUUGCUCUGUCAUUGACUAAGUCCCAGCGCGCACAGUGCGCAAUUUAUGACUUCUCCGGUUGGCCCAGCACUGUUUUGAGUCAACACAUCUGAUUCCCUGAGAUCCAUUUAUCCAAUACAAGAAGGUUUCACAAACCAGCUGAGAUUUAAUUGUGACAAAUGAAAAUGAAAUGACACAGUUGUCACAAUACUAAACAUCUGGCUUCUGAGUUCCCUGAAAAAUAGGUUUACAGUGUCGCUGCAUAUUGGGAAAACAUUCUCCAAACAUCUACUAAGAUUUAAGACUGUAAGCACUUUCAUUUGCCUUUUGGUUUUGUGUCUGUGUGUCCGUGUAUCUAUGUGUGAGUGUGUGUGAAUGACUGAGUAAGUAAGUGGCUGGGAAAACCCAAAUCUACAAAGCAGAGCAUCACACAGCUGUCAUCAUUCUGUUAGUCUCUCUCGCCACUCCAGAGAAUGUAAACAGCUCAUCCAAUCAAACAGGCCGUUGUUGGCGUCUGAUAACAGAAAACAAGGGGUUCUGGCUCUCCACCAGUCAUGCGGAUUUAGUACAGGAUUAUAGGCUUUAGUACCAUGUCACAAACCAAAACAGACCUUCUCUCACUACUGAUCCACAGUACUUCAUCACAGAACUAAAGAUACUCAAUAUAGUACAACAGAGCCCCGCAGUAAAGAAUGGAAGAUUUUUUCUUUUUUUUUUAGGUAGAAAGCUAAUAGAACAUUUCACAACAGGAGACAGUCAGGAUCAGGAGGAGGUCAGAACCUAAUUGAAUUAAAGAGGAUGACUGAUAGUCAGUCCUGUAAGAACUCUGCAGAGGUUCCUGGUAAACUGUAUGGCAUGACAUCACACAGAGCUUCCUUUGUCUCUUACUGUCACCCCAACUCCCCCCAAAUGCCCCCUCCCGUAACCCCAACUAACAUUAGGUUUCCAUUGAGUUCAGCUUUCCUUGAGGAAGGGCCGAUCCAAAAUGUUGGUUUUGACUGUGAUUUUAAUAUGCAACAGUAUCAAUAUUGUUAACUUGAUUUGUGUGCACUCGACUCCUCUAUCCACCAUACAAUUUCCACCAUCACAUUUAUAUCACAACAAACUCCUAUUUCACAACAAACUGCUGUUUCACACCUACACUCUUAGAAAAAAAGGUGUUAUCUAAAACCUAAAAGGGUUCUUCAGCUGUCCCCAUAGGAGAACCCUUUGAAGAACCCCUUUUGGUUCCAGGUAGAACUCUUUUGGGUUCAAUGUAGAACCCUUUCCACAGAGGGUUCUACAUGGAACCCGAAAGGGUUCUACUUGGAAUCAAAAAGGGUUAUGCCUGGAACCAAAAAGGGUUCUCCUAUGGGGACAGCCGAAUAACAAUUUUUUCUAAGAGUAUAGAUUACCUUCUGCAUGGCCAGGCACGACUCCAACACCAUCAUUAAGUUUGCAGAUGACACAAAAGUGGUAGGCCUGAUCAACGACAACGACGAGACAGCCUAUAUGGAGGAGGUCAGAGACCUGGCCGUGUGGUGCCAGGACAACAACCUCUCCCUCAACGUGAUCAAGACAAAGGAGAUGAUUGUGGACUACAGGAAAAAGAAGAGGACUGAGCACGCCCCCAUUUUCAUUAACAGGACAGUAGUGGAGCAGGUUGAGAGCUUCAAGUUCCUUGGUGUCUACAUCACCAACAAACUAACAUGGUCCAAGCACACCAAGACAGUCGUGAAGAUGGCACAACAAAACCUAUUCCCCCUAAGGAGCCUGAAAAUAUUUGGCAUGGGUCCUCAGAUCCUCAAAAGGUUCUACAGCUGCACCAUCGAGAGCAUCCUGACUGGUUGCAUCACUGCCUGGUAUGGCAACUGCUCGGCCUUUGACCGCAAGGCACUACAUAGGGUAGUGCGUACGGCCCAGUACAUCACUGGGGCCAAGCUUCCUGCCAUCCAGGACCUCUAUAUCAGGCGGUGUCAGAGGAAGGCCCUAAACAUUGUCAAAGACUCCAGCCACCCUAGUCAUAGACUGUUCUCUCUGCUACCGCACGGCAAGUGGUACCGGAGCGCCAAGUCUAGGUCCAAGAGGCUUCUAAACAGCUUCUACCCCCCAGCCAUAAGACUCCUAAACAUCUAAUCAAACGGCUACCCAGACUAUUUGCAUUGCCCCCCCCCCCCCCCACCCCCUUUUACGCUGCUGCUACUCUCUGUUUAUUAUCUAUGCAGAGUCACUUUAAUUACUCUACCUACAUGUACAUAUUACCUCAAUUACCUCAACUAACCGGUGCCCCCGCACAUUGACUCGGUACCGGUACCCCCAUAUAUAGCCUCGGUAUUGUUAUUUGUACUGCUGCGCUUUAAUUAUUUGUUACUUUUAUUUUGUAUUAUUUUAUAUUGUAUUUUUUAGUGAUUUUGGGGGGUUAUUCUUUCUUAAAACUGCAUUGUUGGUUAAGGGCUUGCAAGUAAGCAUUUCACUGUAAGGUCUACACCUGUUGUAUUCGGCGCAUGUGACAAAUACAAUUUGAUUUGACCUUCACAGCUCUAAUGAAAAGCCAACAAAGAGCCACCUCCCCCAGAGAGUGAGUGAGACGCACAGCCUGUCCCUUGGGGAUGUUUCUUUCUGCCUCCGACUCCCAACAAUACAGGGACAGGGGCUCUACUCUGGCUGGAUGAAGAGCUGCCAUUGUUCCUAGAGCUGAAGAAUGUCUCACCUCACUUAUCUACUUAUCCACUCUGCUCCUCUCUCUCGCCCCCCCCCCCCACCCCCCCUACUUGAACAACAUUCAAACACACUUUAGCCGGAGCCUGAACAGACCGUAAUUGAAUAUUACUCAAAUAAAAAGAGGUCUGCAGUAUCUUCAGAUGUGCUAUCAAAGUGCAAACAUAUGCAAACACACACACACACACGCUCACAUGUGCAUGCAUUGCACGCAGCCGCACACAUAUACAAAUGCACGUGGGCACAAGCAAACGCACGCACGCACACACACGCAAGCUAACAAACGGACACAGAGACACUAUAAGUUACCUGUAGUCCAAAAUGUACAUGAAAUACUUAGUCAGUCAAACACACAAUAAAUACCCACUACCCACAUUAACACACUUUUAAAUAUGUUACUGUUUCAGUCCCAUAGUAAAGAAAGGUUCAAAACUGAGAUUCACAGAUAGUACAAAACAAAAUCUCUCUCAAACCAAAACACAUUAUACACACACACACAAGUUAAAGUCUUAUUUUGCCAUACCUUUCUCAGUUGGACAAGCCCUGUAGAAGUGCUCUUGCAGUGGUUUGUCAUUUUGUGAAAUCGGACACUGGCAGCAUCCACUGGCAUGAUUUCCUACAGAGCAAAAUUGCCUUUUCCCCGUUCUCCUCCAGUUUUACACCCCUGCCCCUGAACUGCUCUCUCACUUAACAUAGACCCUUCCCCUUCUUCCCAAGCAGAAAAAGAGCUUCUCCAAGAUUCUCUACAAACUUGUUUGAAAAAGAACAAGUCAAGGCAGUCCCUCCCCUUUCAGCCUUCAGGCUUAAAUGUUUUCAGUUAUUCUGUCCUUUUGCCUUCUCUCUCUCUCACUCAAACACACACUCACUCACUCUCUGUCUGUCUGUCUAUCUAUAUUCUCUUUCAAUGAAGUUGCCUCUCUCUCUUUCUCAAACUUUUCCCACCCCUCCUUCUCUCAUGAUCCCCUUUUCUGCCUCUCUCCCUUACUCUAGUACCUCCCUCCUUUUCCAUCAUCAGCUCAGCCCCCACCCCCUUCUUCUUCUUCUUCUUCUUCGAUGAGGGUUAACGGCAGUUGGCAUCCACCCCCACCCGCUGAACUAAUCUGCAGCUGGCUGGGUGAUUGGAGCCCCAGUUGCCGUGGAAACGGAGUGUCCUGCUCAGAAGAGGAAUGGAGCAGGAAGGGGCAAAGCUGAGCGUAACUGAAUACUUAAAUGAAGGCCUCCUCCGGGAGCCAAUUAAAAAUUCUGAAGGGCCUCUCUUCCUCUCUUGGCUUUCCUGCCCUCCACUGACUUUAUCUCUGAAAGGAGCUUUUAUUUACUGACCAGUCCACAAACCACCCAAAAGAACCAGCAGCAUUGUGUUUUGGUAGCUACAGAAGGCUCCUUGUACAUUGGCCCUUACAUGGCAUGACAAUGUUUUGGUUGAUUUCCAGUUAUUCACUAAUUACAGGUGACUUAAGGGGAUAGUUCACUCAAAUUACAUAUGGGUUUCCUUACCCUGUAAACAGUCUAUGGAAAAGGUAUGACAGCAAUCCAUGCUUUGGUUUAGUUUCCCUGGCACUGUUUCCACAUGCUAACGUUUUAGCAUUUGUGGCACAAAUCCCAUUCAAGUCAUGGGACCGAUAUUAGCAUUUGUACAAAUACAAAUACAAGUUAGAUAUGAGUCUGACAUCUUGAUGACAACUAAGGCUAACAAAGGCAAAGGAGUGUAUUGUUAUUGUAUCAGUAAAACAUAAAUACUUGUAUGGUUAUAGUUUCUCUGGGUUCACACUGAGAGAGUUUAAUGAGUUGAACUAGACUACCUUAACCCACUAUGCUACCCUUCAUAAAUAUCUGUGACUUCAACAUGUCUUGAACCAGUGCUCAUCUAUAGCCUGUGAACUAAUCUCUGCAAGAGAAGCCUAAGUAUAUUUUUAUUCCAGUAAGUGUUGUUGUUGGUACAGUCUGGCUACGGGAAUUCUAGUAAAGUAUUUUCAUACUAGCACUGACUUUUCUGAUAACUUCUUUAAGGAAAUAUGUACUUACUACUACUAACUGUAAGUCGCUCUGGAUAAGAGUUUCUGCUAAAUGACUAAAAGUUCAAUGUAAAAUGUAACCAGAGGAACAACCUCUGUAACCUGCAGGACCAAGCUCUGACCUCUCCCUUUGAAAUGUGGGAGACAUUUGAAAAGCUUGUCUUGCCCCAUCAAUGGCUGGGGGGACAGGGUGGGGACAGUAACAUCUGUUUGGCGUUUCUCCUACCUUUUGUGUGGCUUCCUCUGUCCCCUUCACUCUACAUCUGGGAGGUGGAGAGGACCUCUGUCCAGAGACACACAGUGUGACUAGGAACGAUACUCUCUCCAUUUAAAAAAAAUCAAUGACAACAUGUACAAUUAAAUAAUGUAUCUAAGACAGGAAGUCUGUAGCCAAAGUCCAGGUGCACAAGCUGGUCUUCUUUGUGCACCUCGCACUGCGUGCCCUGGUGUUACUCCUGAAGUCCUUUCCCCUGCUGUUGCUCUAUCCCUUGACUGUCAUCUCCUCUCACUGGGCAUCUCGCUGGCUGGACGCCCAGCUGUGGGUCACUGAGCCCUCUGGUCCUACCUUCAUCAAGCUGGGCCAGUGGGCCAGCAUGCGCAGUGACAUCCUCUUCCAGGACUUCUGCGAGCGUCUCUCCAGGCUGCAUGUGGAUGUGCAUCUCCACUCCUGGGGCCAUACCAAGCACACCAGGUAGCCGACUCCUGUACACACCGUAUUUGUACUUAUAGAGUGCCAAUAGAAUAGCUGUAGGUUUUAACUAUUUCAAGUGCCGUUUUUAGUUGUUAUGAAUUGAAUAUCCUCUUCUAUUGCAAAUUGACCUUCUGUUUGAAGCCAAGAACAUCGAAAGGUUCCGGGAGAAUUUCAAGGAUGUUGAUUUUGUCAAGUUCCCAACUCCUCUUCGACCAUUCACCAGAUCCCUUUUAGUGGAAACAUUUGAGGUGAGUUGAGAUGGCCACUUCACCAAGAUGCCUAAUAUGAAUAACGGGUGAAAAUAUGACACAACACCAAUUGAAACACAAUGGGAGAGGUUGAAGAAGUGACAUCUUUGCUGUUUCAGGAGAGUGAGCCCAUAUCCAACUACCUGAGCCCUGAGGUCCCUCUAAAGGUGAAGCAGAGAAUUGCCAGGAUGGAAUAGGCACUCUUCUCAAGAUGGUGAGAUCGCCUAAUCAUGUCCAGUCUUGUGACCUCUACACCCACCUGAAAAUGCCCCUUGACUUUUUUCACAUUUUGUUACGUUACAGCCUUAUUCUAAAAUUGAUUAAAUCGUUUUUUCCCCUCAUCAAUCUACACACAAUACCCCAUAAUGACAAAGCAAAAACAGAUUUUUAGAAAUGUUUGCAAAUGUAUAAAAAAAAAACCCCGGAAAUAUCACAUUUACAUAAGAAUUCAGACCCUUUACUCAGUACUUUGUUGAAGCACCUUUGGCGCGAUUACAGCCUUGAGUUUUCUUGUUUAUGAUGCUACAAGCUUGGUACACCUGUAUUUGGGGAGUUUCUCCCAUUCUUCUCUGCAGAUCCUCUCAAGCUCUGUCAGGUUGGAUGGGGAGCGUUGCUGCACAGCUAUUUUCAGGUCUCUCCAGAAAUGUUAGACCGGGUUCAAGUCCAGGCUCUGGCUGGGCCACUCAAGGACAUUCAGAGACUUGUCCUGAAGCCACUCCUGCAUUGUCUUGGCUGUGUGCUUAGGGUCGUUGUCCUGUUGGAAGGUGAACCUUCGCCCCAGUCUGAGGUCCUGAGCGCUCUAGAGCAGGUUUUCAUCAAGGAUCUCUCUGUACUUUGCUCCGUUCAUCUUUGUCUCGAUCCUGACUAGUCUCCCAGUCCCUGCCGCUGAAAGCCAUCCCCACAGCAUGAUGCUGCCACCACCAUGCUUCACCGUAGGGAUGGUGCCAGGUUUCCUCCAGACGUGACGCUUGGCUUUCAGGCCAAAGAGUUCAAUUUUGGUUUCAUCAGACUAGAGAAUCUUGUUUCUCAUGGUCUGAGAGUCUUUAGGUGCCUUUUGGCAAACUCCAACUGGCCUAUCAUGUGCCUUAUACUGAGGAGUGGCUUCCGUCUGGCCACUCUACCAUAAAGGCCUGAUUGGUGGAGUGCUGGAGAGAUGGUUGACCUUCUGGAAGGUUCUCCCAUCUCCACAGAGGAACUCUGGAGCUCUGUCAGAGUGACCAUCGGAUUCUUGGUCACCUCCCUGACCAAGGCCCUUCUCCCCCGAUUGCUCAGCUUGGCCAGGCGGCCAGCUCUAGGAAGAGUCUUGGUGGUUCCAAACUUCUUCCAUUUACAAAUGAUGGAGGCGACUGUGUUCUUGGGGACCUUCAAUGCUGCAGACAUUUUUGGGUACCAUUCCCCAGAUCUGUGCCUCGACACAAUCCUGUCUCUGAGCUCUAUGGACAAUUGUGGGACCUUGUAUAGACAAGUGUGUGCCUUUCCAAAUCAUGUCCAAUCAAUUGAAUCUACCACAGGUGGACUCCAAUCAAGUUGUAGAAACAUCUCAAGGAUAAUCAAUGGAAACAGGAUGCACCUGAGCUCAAUUUCGAGUCUGAUAGCAAAGGGUCUGAUACUUAUGUAAAUAAGGUAUUUCUGUUUUUUAUUUUAAUACGUUAGCAACAAUUUCAGAAAACCUGUUUUCGCUUUGUCAUUAUGGGGUAUUGUGUGUAGAUUGAUGAGGAUUUGUAUUUAUUUAAUCCAUUUUAGAAUAAGGCUGUAACAUAUCAAAAUGUGGAAAAAGUAAAGGGGUCUGAAUACUUUCCGAAGGUACUGCAUACACUCCCCUACAUAUUUUUUUGGGACAGUGAAGCUUAAACUUUACAUUUGGCUCUGUACUCCAGCAUUUUGGAUUCGAGAUCAAAUGUUUUAUAUGAGGCGACAGGACAGAAUGUCACCUUUUGUUUGAGGGUAUUUUCAUACGCAUCUGUUUUUAUAUACAGUGUGUGUGUGUGUGCAUGUGUAUGUAUAGCUCCAUUGUGUAUUUUAUUUUACUCCUCUUGUGUUACUAUUUUAUUUUUAAACUCUGCAUUGUUGGGAAGGGCUCGUAAGCAAGCAUUUCACAGUUGUUUUCGGCGCAUGUGACAAAUAAAAUUUGAUUUGAUUUUUUACUGUUUAGAAAUUAUUACGGAUAAUCAUGAAUGAAUCGUGAAUAAUGAGUGAGAAAGGUGUGACUCCCAGUUUGUGGAGUCACAAGCUUGAUGUAGUAAUUUCCUGCUAGGAAAUGGGACCCAAUACUAAACUUUUGACUAAAUGUAAUACACUAUAAGUGAAGUUGGCUAAUACUUAUGAUGGGGGGGGACUAGAUACAUAAAAUGCUUUCCUUUUCUAAACGGUAAAACAGAUAUGUAAGAAAAUACCCUCAAAUAAAAGGUGACAUUCUGUAGUGUCGCUUCAUAUAAAAAAUGCUGGAGUAUAGAGCCAAAUGAAAAGUUUUAGCUUUACUGUCCCAAAAAAUGUGGAGGGGAGUUUACCUUCUUAUUUCUUAACAUUGAAUCAAGCUUACCAGCUCCUUAUCCCCUGUAUGCGUUUGUCUGUCUCUGGGUACCCUAGGUGUUGGUGGAUAACUUUGUGCAUGGGGACCUGCACCCGGGUAACAUUCUGGUCCAGCGUAGCAGUAGCGGGGGUGACGACGACCCCGAGGGCAGGGCCACCCUGACAGACCGGUGGGGCACUGUAUUGGUGAGCAUGAGGCCGGCCCCGGCCCCUCUACAGCUGGUGCUGCUGGAUGCUGGCAUCGUGGCCCAGCUCAGCGACAGAGACCUGAGAAACCUCAGAGCCGUGUUUACCGCUAUGGUGCUAUGACAAGUGAAAGAGACACACACACACACACAUAAACAAACAUGAAUUUCAAACUUCUUCUAGAAGUUCUAGAGGCCAAAGAGGGUUUAUGAGGCUUCUCAUUUGCCUGAGUAUUGUGAUGGAGGAUGUGGGGUAUCCAAUGAGCUUCUAACACCCAUAGCUGUUGUGUUUAGAAGGAGAUGGCAGAGCUGGUGGACCAUGCCCUCAGCAACAGUUUCUCACUGGGGAAGGUCCAAGUGGCUGAGUUGCUAUCCAGAGUCUUCGGAUUGGUCACCCACAUGGUAAAUUUGACCGGUCCUGGAUUGAGAAAGUCUAGUUUCAAAACCACCAACAUUUUCUGUAAUAUCAACAAUAGUCAUAUCUAGAUAUUUUGCACAUGGACUUCAUUUACUGAAUGUACAGCACAGGAGGUUGGUGGCACCUUAAUUGGGGAGGACGGGCUCAUGGUAAUGGCUGGAGCAGAAUAAGUGGAAUUCCAUUCGCUCCGUUCCAGCCAUUAUUAUGAGCCAUCCUCCCCUCAGCAGCCUCCACUGAUGUACAGUAUGUGAGUUUGCUACCAAGACUGCUGUUGACGUUGUGGUUUGUUUGCCUCUCUACAGGUGAAGUUGGAGAGUAACUUUACGUCCAUUGUGUUUGCCAUCAUGGUGCUGGAGGGGCUGGGGAGGUCUCUGGACCCAAACCUAGACAUUCUGAAGCUGGCCAAGCCCCUGCUGCUCAAGAACGCUGCCUCCCUCUGA